AUGGAGGAGACGGCAAUUAGCUUCAAAGUAAAUUCGCACACACUUUGCCUUCUUGUGAAUAUGCAGGGGGAUGCUGUAGUCUCCUUUCCCUUGUACACAGAAGCUUUAAGAUUUGCUCAGCAUGAAGAAAAGAUGAUUCAGACAGCUAUACGUGCAGUAGUUCUGAACAUCUACAAUGUGAAGGAUGACAUGGUCUUACAAUUUAUAUCAACUCCUCCAGUUUCAGAAUAUUUCUCUGAUCUGGUUUGUAGAUUAAGAGAUCUAUGUUUUCGCUUAGAUGCUUUUCUCUAUGAUAAAGGGUAUGUUAAGUCGAAUAUUCUUUUCAUCAAAUAG